AUGAAAGCCGCCACCGGCCCGUCAGCCCCACGAAAUCGCACCACUCGCCAGUCCGGCUAUGGUUCAUCAUCUCCUGAUGUCAACCCAUCUCCCAAUCUCCAAUGCGAAGGUUGCUGUCUGCCUGGACCACCAGGACCAGCUGGAGCACCAGGAAAGCCCGGUAAACCCGGCCGUCCAGGAGCACCAGGAACACCCGGUGUACCCGGAAAACCACCCACCGCACCAUGUGAGCCUGCGACUCCUCCACCAUGCAAGCCUUGCCCACAGGGACCACCCGGACCACCUGGACCACCAGGACCACCCGGAGACCCAGGAGAGGCUGGAACCCCAGGACGCCCCGGAACCGAUGCGCCUAAUGGACAGCCCGGACCUCGUGGACCUCCUGGACCUGCUGGAGAGCCUGGACAGCCCGGACCUCAAGGAGAUCCUGGAUCACCCGCACAAAGCGAGCCACUCACCCCCGGAGCACCUGGAGAGCCUGGAGAUCCAGGACCACCCGGACCUCCCGGACCACCUGGAGCACCUGGAAACGAUGGUUUGCCCGGACCAGCAGGACCAAAAGGACUCCCUGGACCCGAUGGACCACCCGGUAUGGAUGGACAAGCUGGACCUCCCGGACCACCUGGACCUGCUGGAACUUCUGGAGAAAAGGGUAUCUGUCCCAAAUACUGCGCAAUCGAUGGUGGAGUCUUCUUCGAGGAUGGAACCAGGCGUUAA